AUGCUGCAGCCUGCAAGGAUGGGAAUUUCAAAACAACUCCCUAAUUUUUCAUAUAUUUCUCUUUUAGCCCUAUCUUUUUCAUUCUACUGCACCAUAACACCAACUUCUUCAACCUCUCUACAACACGACUUCAUCGAAUGUAUCCACAGAAAUACAAAUGUCGAUUUCCCACUCGAGAAAACGUUCUUCACCCCUGCCAGAAACGUCUCUAUAUUCAGCGAAGUCCUUGAAUCGACAGCUCAGAAUCUCCGGUUCUUGACAAAUUCCAUGCCUAAACCGGGAUUCAUAUUCACACCGGUUCACGAGUCUCACGUCCAAGCUUCCAUCAUCUGUUCCAAGAAACUCCGAAUUCAUCUCCGUGUCAGAAGCGGUGGUCACGAUUACGAGGGCCUGUCUUAUGUAUCAGAGAUCGAAAAACCAUUUAUAUUGUUGGAUCUAUCAAAGCUGAGACAGAUCAAUGUUAAUAUUAAAGACAACAAUGCUUGGGUUCAAGCUGGUGCCACAGUUGGUGAACUUUAUUACAGGAUUGCAGAGAAGAGCAAGGUCCAUGGGUUUCCGGCAGGUUUGUGCUCGAGCUUAGGGAUAGGUGGGCACAUAACAGGCGGUGCAUACGGUUCCUUGAUGAGGAAGUUUGGUCUUGCUGGAGAUAAUGUUCUUGACGCAAAGAUCGUUGAUGCUAAUGGCAAAUUACUCGACAGAUCCUCGAUGGGAGAGGAUAUGUUUUGGGCGAUUAGUGGAGGAGGUGGAGCGAGUUUCGGGGUAAUUCUUGCAUGGAAGAUUAAGCUUGUUCCUGUUUCAAAGACUGUAACCGUCUUCACAGUUACCAAAACGUUAGAACAAGACGCCACAAGGAUUCUUUCAAAGUGGCAAGAAGUUGCAGAUAAGCUUGUUGAAGAGUUGUUCAUUCGAGUGAUCUUCAACGUAGCUGGAAGCCUUGGAAACAAGACUGUGACAACGUCAUACAAUACUCUGUUUCUCGGCGACAAAGACGCGUUGAUGAAAGUUAUGAAGAGGAGUUUUCCGGAGCUAGGGCUAACGAGGAAAGAUUGUGUUGAAAUGAGCUGGAUUGAAUCCAUUGUUUACAUUGCUGGAUUCCCAAGUGGGACUCCUACUAAUGUUUUGCUUCAAGGGAAGUCUCCUUUCCCAAAGAUCAACUUCAAAGCCAAAUCGGAUUUCGUCAAGAACCCUAUUCCUGAAUUAGGGCUUAUCGGUAUGUUCAAGAAGUUGCUCAAAGAGGACUCGCCGACGAUGAUGUGGACUCCUUACGGAGGAAUGAUGGCGAGAAUCUCAGAGUCUCAAAUCCCUUUUCCGCAUAGAGAAGGAGUCAUCUUCAAGAUUCAGUACAUAACGGUUUGGCCAGACAGCGACAAGAGACCGAUCAGACACAUUAAAUGGAUCAGAGAUCUCUACAAAUUUAUGACGCCUUAUGUCUCAAGUAAUCCACGACAAGCUUACGUCAACUACAGAGAUCUUGACUUGGGAAAGAACAAGAAAAACGCGAGCUCAAACUUGAAAAAUGCGAGAGUGUGGGGAAGGCAGUACUUCAAGAACAAUUUCAACAGAUUGGUGAGGAUUAAAUCAAAGGUUGAUCCAGAGAAUUUCUUCAGACACGAGCAGAGCAUCCCACCUCUGCUCAUUUGA